AUGGACGGUACCUUCUACUCAUCACCGUCAUACUUCUGCCAGCUGUACAGCAUCCACGCGAAGGUCGACGGGUACAUGUGUCCCCUGGUGUAUGGACUCCUACCAAACAAACAAGAAAGAACAUACACAAGGUUCUUCAACCUCAUCAAGGACUUCGCUACUGAGAAUAACAUACCCCUGUCGCCAGACACUGUGAUGAUGGAUUUCGAAACAGCAGCAUGGCGUGCGGUCAGUGGUAUAUUUGAUGUAAGUGUUCGUGGGUGUUUCUUCCACUUCACAUGGAGCAAAGUUCAAUCACUAGGUCUUGUUUGUGAAUUUAGGGACAAUUAUGAGGUCAAGAAGUUAGUGAUGAGUGCACUGCCUCUGGUGCCAUUGGCGUCCGUAGAAGAUGUGUGGUUCGAGGCACUCGAUGAUUGUGACGAUGACUCAGCGCAAGUGCUAAGGUUCAAGGAUUAUAUCACAGAGCAGUGGGUAGAAGGAGACCGGCAAGCCUGGAACCACUUCAACAACGACGGCCCUUGGACGACAAACCAUGUGGAGGGGUGGCAACACAAAAUUAACAAUCAGCUGAAACACUGCCAUCCCAACAUCUACACCCUCCUAGACAUCAUCAAGAAGGAACAGGCAGCAAAUCAGGCCAAAAUAUUUCAGCAUGCUAACGGUGGUAAACAGCGCCAACGAAAGCGAGUAUACCGCCAACUUGAAGAAAGGCUCGCCCGCUUUAAGGACCAACUGAGUAUGGGUGAUAUGGACACUAUGUCCUAUGUUGAUGCUGUCUCACACUUAGUUAAAUUACAUUGA